CUCGUCCAAAUUCGAGUUGAUCAUCGAGCCUGUUUCUCGCUCAUCACAGCAGAACCGUCACCAGAAGCAUAAUUUGACCCGUCGAUCUCCCGGCUGUCAUCUUUCUACUCCACCACCCCUCACCACUCUUUAAUCCUCCCCGCCGCACGACGACCAAUUUCCAUCCUCCUCCCCGAUCGGCCUCCCUCUCUCUCUCUGCUUCUCCCCUCCAGCCGCUCAAUCCGAAAAUCCAAUCCUUCUCGAUCAGGUAGAUCGAUCAUCACACGAAAAUGGCCGAAUUCGUUAGAGCACAAAUUUUCGGUACUACCUUUGAGAUCACCUCGAGGUACUCGGACCUGCAACCCGUUGGUAUGGGAGCCUUCGGUCUCGUUUGCUCCGCCCGUGACCAACUUACCAACCAGAAUGUCGCCGUCAAGAAGAUUAUGAAGCCCUUCAGCACUCCCGUUCUCGCCAAGCGAACAUACCGUGAGCUCAAGCUGCUCAAGCACUUGAGACAUGAGAACGUCAUCUCUCUCAGUGAUAUCUUCAUUUCUCCCCUCGAGGAUAUCUACUUCGUCACAGAGCUUCUCGGCACCGACUUGCACAGAUUGCUCACCUCCAGACCCCUCGAGAAGCAGUUCAUCCAGUAUUUCCUUUACCAAAUCAUGCGAGGUCUGAAAUACGUCCACUCUGCUGGUGUGGUUCACCGUGAUUUGAAGCCUAGCAAUAUUCUCGUCAAUGAGAACUGUGACUUGAAGAUUUGCGACUUCGGUCUCGCCCGCAUCCAGGACCCUCAGAUGACUGGUUACGUCUCGACGAGAUACUACCGUGCUCCUGAGAUCAUGCUCACGUGGCAAAAGUACGACGUUGAGGUCGACAUCUGGAGUGCGGGAUGCAUUUUCGCCGAGAUGCUGGAGGGCAAGCCUCUGUUCCCCGGCAAGGACCACGUCAACCAGUUCUCCAUCAUCACCGAGCUUCUGGGCACUCCUCCUGACGAUGUCAUCAACGGCAUUGCCAGUGAAAACACUCUCCGAUUCGUCAAGUCCCUGCCCAAGCGCGAAAGGCAACCCUUGAAGAACAAGUUCAAGAACGCCGACCCCUCCGCCAUUGAUCUCUUGGAGAGAAUGCUGGUCUUUGAUCCCAAGAAGCGGAUAACGGCGACCGAGGCGCUCUCGCACGACUACCUUGCUCCCUACCACGACCCCUCUGACGAGCCCGUCUCCGAGGAGAAGUUCGACUGGAGUUUCAACGAUGCUGAUUUGCCCGUGGACACAUGGAAGAUCAUGAUGUACUCCGAAAUACUCGACUACCACAACGUGGAUGCGUCCGCGCAACAGAUGGAAGAGCAGUUUAACGCACAAUAGAUGAAGGGGUUCAGGGGCGGAGCGAGGAUAAAUAGGAGGCGGGAGGCUAUGAUACCACGCAAAACCAGAACGGCACGUGUUUCCAGUACAUUCGCACGCAAUCAUGGUGUUCGGAAGAGGGGAUCGGUUAUUGUAACGUUGACAAUGCAAAUGGCCAACAGUAUACGCGAUAUAAAGGACUGGCAUGCAUCUUGGAGGUGUUUUUCUCUUUUUCAUCAUCUUGUUCCAACGAGUUUUCCUGUUCCUGGGUCUUCGGGCUCUGUUAGAAUAAAGUCCGCGGCAUAGGGCAUAGCGACGAGCUGACAACGGGCUUCA